AUGAGUAUAAGCGCUGCAGAAAACUGUGGGAAGAAUUUGCAGUGCCGAGUGGAUCAUCUACUCAGCGCCGUGGAAAACGAGCUCCAGGGUGGAAUGGAAAAGGGGGAUCCUACUGAGAGGGAGCUCAAAGUCACACUGGAGGACAAGGAACUGUGGAUGAGGUUCAAGGAACUCACCAAUGAAAUGAUUGUCACCAAGAAUGGCAGACGAAUGUUUCCUGUGUUGAAGGUGAGCGUAUCUGGUCUGGAUCCUAAUGCCAUGUACACGUUUUUGCUGGACUUUGUGGCAGCUGACAACCACAGAUGGAAAUAUGUAAAUGGAGAAUGGGUUCCUGGUGGAAAACCCGAGCCUCAGGCUCCCAGCUGUGUUUACAUCCAUCCAGACUCGCCCAACUUUGGAGCUCAUUGGAUGAAAGAUCCUGUGUCAUUUAGUAAAGUCAAACUAACCAACAAAAUGAAUGGGGGAGGCCAGAUAAUGCUAAACUCUUUGCACAAAUAUGAACCGAGGAUUCAUAUAGUAAAAGUUGGUGGAUCUGAAAGAGCAAUCAGCAGCCAUUCCUUUCCUGAGACGCAAUUCAUAGCAGUUACAGCUUACCAGAAUGAAGAGAUAACAGCUCUUAAAAUUAAGCAUAAUCCAUUUGCAAAGGCAUUCCUUGAUGCGAAAGAAAGAAGUGAUCACAAAGACAUAUUGGAUGAUGGAUUGUAUGGUCAACAUUCUGGUUACUCUCAAUUAGGUAACUGGCUGAUUCCUGGGACUGGAUCACUAUGUUCAUCAUCUAAUCCUCAUCCUCAGUUUGUGCCACCCAUAUCGCUUUCCUCUUCUCAUAAUUGUGAUCGAUAUUCACCUCUUCGGAAUCAUCGUCCAGUUCCAUAUCCUAACCCAUACUCUCACAAGAACAAUACUUCAACACCAAUAGCAGAUAAUUCUUCUGGCUGUCUUCCAAUGCUUCAGUCUCUUGAAAACUGGUCUAACCUUCAAUUGCCUGCUCAUGCUUCAAUGCUGCCAAUGAGUCACAAUUCAAAUAGCCCAAACAACUGCAGCCAGUAUCCCUCCCUAUGGUCUGUGAAUAAUAGUAGCAUUGCACCAGCGUCCCAGUCUGGAGGAACGUCAAACAGAUUUGGAUCGCAGUAUCCCAGAAAUUCUACAGCUCCUUACACAUCACUUCCACAUGAUGUUCCCUCACCAUCCACAGGUUCCCCUUUAUAUGAACAUGGACCACCAGCAGAUAUCAGUGACAACCAGUAUGAUGCACAUUCCAGAUUAGCUUCCUCAUGGCCUCAAGUCACACCUCCUUCAAUGUGAAUAGAAAAACAAUGUUCCUUAUAAAUAUGUAUUUGGACUAAAUAUUAACAGUAUUUAAAGAACUGGGCAUCCAGAACUGCUGCUUUGACACAUGAGGUGACCAACUGCAGGGCAGAACAUACCCUUAAUGUCCAAGAUGUAUGUAAGCUACCACAAUUUAACAGUUUAACAAAGGAUAUAGUGUUUUCAAAGUAUGUUAUCAUUAGUGUCGUGUCACAUUAGAUUCAGGUGGCCUUUGUUACAGUUGACCUUAAGGCUGCAGUAUAUACAACAUCCAAUUUACUUGCAGAUUCACAAAAACAAUGUCUUCGAAACCUCAUAAAUGCAUCUUAAUACUAAAUGUGAAUGGUCCUGGAAAUCCUAGCCUCUACAAUUCCUUGCUUUGCUCAGUCUCUUUUUCUCCCUGAAAAUGUGUUGGUCUAUAGAAAAAUCUUGCCAACUAAUUCCUUAUAUUAUGCUUUACAAAUUCCUAAAGGGAAUCAGAUUCUAGCUUCACUCUCACAUUACCUAGGUCAUUGAAAACUAACCUUUUUAAGGGAGAAACAUCUUGAGUACAAUUGAUAAUACUGAGGUAGGUGAUCAAGUGAAUUUUUGUCCUCAAGUCACAUGACCAAAGAGCACCGAUAAUGUCUAGUCAGAAAAGCUUUCAUACACUGACUGAGCUCAGUCAUUACGUUGUUCAGGGCACCUAGUGAGUUCUAGAUUAAAGCUCUAGA